AUGGCAACUGUGAUAUUUGUCGACCAAGAAAAUGGAGACUUUGCUUCUACCACCCUGUUCAAGGGUCUUGAACAAGCUAACUCUGCAAAACACCUUUUCAAAAGUCAUCUAGGAAAAGUGUUUGGCAGCUCUGGAACUGUGGUGAAGCCAAGAAAAGCUCUGGGAAAUAUCAACAAGCAAGUUGCCCAAACAGCUGCUCCAUUCCAGAAAGGUGCCCUUAAACUGAAGACAUCUGCACCAGUUACCAAGCAGGUCUGCAUUAAGACUAGAAAACAGAACUAUCCUGAGAUUGAGAAGUGUCUCCCUUACAAUCCUGCAGAUUUUGAAACCUUUAAUGUCCAAGAAGAGCACAAGCUGAGCCACCUUGACCUUUCUGGAGUUCCCCUUAUUGUGCAUGAACAUGAAGCUUCAAAGGUUGAUGCUUUGUUGGCCCAUGAGCCAGCUCCAAUGGAUAUUCCAGUCAUUAGCUGGGAGUCAGAUAUUUCAAGCGCACUUCCAUCUUUCCUGGCAGCCCUUGAUGAUUUUGCGCUUGACCUGCCCCAGAUGAACUGCUCUCAGAUCUGCUCUGUUUCUGGCUUUGACAGCAUGGCUGUUGAAGCCUGGCUCCUGAGGGAAAGAGGCAGUAAGUGCGGGCUACAAGCGGCCAGUAUGGGCUCGCAAAUGGUCAGUGAGGGCUCCAGGAAGUCAAGUAAGACCAAGGACUAUAUUUUUGCACCAAACGAAGCCCUCCAGGAGCCAGGCUUCAACAGCCAAGCUGUCAAGGCCAGCAACAGAGCAGAUCUGAGAGCCUACCUGAAUCCAAAGAAUAUCCAUAUUCCACACACUGUUUUGGGCUAUUGGAGCCACAAGGAUCACUGGAAUGCCAUCUGCUUUGAUUUUGUGCAGCAGGCAAGAAUCUUCAAUGGAGGGAAAGCUGAUCCCACUGAGUAA